AUGACCGCCAAUGUGCCGUCUCGAGCUCUGGUCAACGAGGCCCAUCGACAAAAACAUUCCGUUGAAAAAAUCCUCAUUGCAUUAAAAAAUGCGGAUGGACUUAGUCGUGAUUCAAUUCUAAGCUCCUUAUUAGUCAGAGAUGGCUGCCUGGACAUUUCCGAUGCUUUGACAAGCCUCGAGAAAACAAGCACACGGCUUGAUCAGACGAAGGCUGGUGGCAGCGGCUCGAACCUGUUAGUAAGUAAUACAGCGGAUGAUUUGAAUCCCUCCAGCUCUGAGGAUGAUGGUUAUGAUCUUACACCCUUUAUAUCGAGAGAUGAGUGCGGAACUAUUGGAGUUUACGGGCCCUCUUCAGUAUGGCAUGCAGGGAGCUCAAUUGAAUUUGCGGACUCUCCGACAUCGAAAUCAAAAUGCGAGCCUGACCCCUACAGAUUAAUAGCGUAUGCUGCGCUGCAAAGGCAAACAGAGUACGAUCUGCGCUGCCAACAAAAUAUUGCCGGCAUACCCUCUGAGCUUGCAAUGCACCUGCUUGAUCUUCACUGGAAUCGGCAGCAUCACACUUUUCUUCUGACCUAUCGGCCAGCUUUCAUGAGAGACCUACUCUCUGGUGGCCCAUAUUGCUCUGAGUUUUUGAUCAAUGCAGUUUUCGCCUGCUCAAGCAAGUUCUCGGAGCGCCUGGACGUUCGUUCCGAUAUAACACGCCCAGAGACCGCUGGAAAGCAGUUUUUUGAUCGCUGUGACCAGUUACUGGCAGAGAAAUCACUUCUCGCCUACUCCAGCAUAUCUACUGUUGCUGGGUUGCUAAUGUUGGGAAGUACGUUCAACGCUCGGGGGCAAACCUCUAAAGGUUGGCUGUACACAGGCUAUGCACUUCGUAUGGUAUAUGACCUCGGCCUUCACUUGGAUUGCGAUGCUGUUGCAGGAAGCGCUGAGGAUAUAGAAGUCCGUCGGAGGGUGUUUUGGGCCGCGUUCAUCUGUGACAAACUGCAAAGUCUGUACUUUGGUCGGCCAUUUACCAUUCAACUCCGCGAUGUACAUGUCUCGCGAGACUUCAUGGAUACGUUCGAAGAAAACGAGUUAUGGACGCCUUAUGUUGACCCACAACUGCCUGGCACAUCAACAGCGAAAACGAAUUCCAUCCUAACACGCAUACAUUCAAUUUCCGUGUUCCAACAGUUGUGUUCGCUCUCGAAGCUGAUGACCAGUAUCAUUGACCGAUUCUACGUUGUUGGAGCAACGGGUGAUGUGGCUCGAAAAUAUCUCGAUAUCAUCGAUCGCCGGUUGUCUGCUUGGUAUCGAAAAUUACCACAAAAGCUACGUUUUGAGCCUUGGGUUGGGGCAUCGUCAGACUCUUUUGUUGUCGCUGCUCCUAAUGUCAUCAUCCUUUUAACCACAUAUAAUGCCCUCAUCAUUCUCUUGCAUCGCCCUUUCAUUUCCAGCGGACACCUUCGUUCUACCCAUAGCUCUGCUGAUUCUUGGGAGCGCUGCAUUACCGCGGCUCGCAAUAUUACUCGCCUGGCGCUUUCGUAUCGCUCAACCUAUUCACUCCGCCAGGCCAACUACAUGCUCAGUUACGCUGUGUAUGUGGCAUGCACUAUCCAUGCCCGCAAUCCUACCGUUUGGGAAAGCACCCGGCGACGAGAGGCGAAUUCUCCCUUGACGGUGUGUUUGCGAUGCCUAGAUGAGCUUGCCAUACCGAAUUGUGGUGUUUCAGCGCCAGCCAGAAUUAUUCGGCGGUUGAUGGACUCAAAUGGAAUCCCCGUUGAAGAUGGUAGGGGCGACCAUCAUCUUUGGUAA